CAAGAUCGAGAAAUUUACAAGACAGGCUUUUCUGGCCUCGACUGUAUGAGAAGAGAUGGCAAACUAUGUGAUAUUACUUUGAUUGCUGAUGGCGAUAGAUUCACUGCUCACAAAGUCGUUUUAGCUGCUACUAUUCCAUUUUUCAAUGGAAUGUUCCUAAGCAAUAUGUCAGAAUCUGUUAAGAGUGAAGUAUCCAUCCAUGGGAUAGAUGCAUGGUAAUUUUAAAAAUUGCUAAUUUUUGCCCAGUGCUUUAGAAGCAUUUAUUAGUUAUGCCUACACUGGUGUGGUGCAAAUCACACCACGUAAUGUUCAGUCUAUUUUGAUUGGGGCUAAUUUUCUGCAACUUAAUAGUGUCCGAAAUAUAUGUUGCCGGUAUAUCAGUGAAAGGUUGACUGUUGACAUAGUCCUGCCAAUGAGAAGUCUAGCUCAAAGUUUCCUAUGUACAGAUCUAGUAUCUUCCUGUGAAGCAUAUAUUUAUAAAAACUUCGAAGCUGUAGCCCGAACAAGUUCAUUUUUCAAUCUCGAUGGAGCUGAAUUACUGGAAUUAUUGGACUCAGAUGAACUGCGUGUCAGCAGCGAAGAACGACUUUUUCAUAUUGUUAUGUCAUGGGUUGAAUUCGACAUGAAACCGAAAGUCAGUGUUGAUACAAAUUCUGUCACAUCAGAAUCUGUUAACUUGAUUGAAUUCUCUGAUAAUCGUAAUGCUGCUGCUAAUCCAGACUCAAAAAAACCACCAUUUAGCUCUAAUGCUGAUGACUGUCGAACAUCAUACUCCAGUGGAUCUUUACCUUCUUUACAUCACUCAUUGGAUCUCAAUUCUCCUCCUCAGGUAUUCAGUAAUAAGCCUCAAAUACCUCGUACUGAAUUUCUUCCGUGUUUAUUGAGACGCAUCAGAUUCCCACUUAUUCCAGUCAAUUAUAUUUUCUCUGUUAUUUCUCGGCAUGAACUUAUUCGUCAAGAUAUACGUUGUAGAGAUAUUUUAGACGAAGUACGUGAUAUGCUUCUAAUGCCAGGACAGACACCGAAAAACUUUAUUUGCCGACCACGAAAAUGUCAGGAUGUAUUCGGUGUUAUUUAUGCCGUUGGCGGGUUAACUGCAGAUUUUGAAUGUCACGGAGUUGUUGAAACAUAUCAUCCUUCAUAUGGUCGUUGGGAAUUAUCAGAGAGUAUGAUCUCAAAACGUAGUCGUAUUGGAGUAGUUGCAUUGAAUGGACUAUUAUAUGCUAUCGGAGGUUUCGAUGGAUCUUCAAGACUAAAUACAACAGAAGUGUAUAAUCCAAAAACUAAAAAGUGGAAAACCUUAGCACCAAUGAUUUGUCGACGUAGUGCUGCAGGAGCUGCUGCACUUGACGGACAUCUGUAUGUCUGUGGUGGUUAUAAUGGACAGACCUCGUUACGUACAUGUGAAAUGUAUAACCCAGAAAAAGAUAUGUGGCAGUUAAUACCAAGUAUGAAUGAACCAAGAUCUGCUGGUGGUCUUGUUGCACUCGACGGUCGUCUUUACGCCAUUGGUGGACAUAAUGGGUUAGCAGUCUUCUCAACAGUUGAAUGUUACAACAAAAGUUUAAGUGUCCCCGUAAAACGUUUACCGUCUUCUCGAUGUGAUACUACUACUGCUGUUGCUGCGCAUACACCAACCAUUCAACAGAAUCAUAAUACUAGUUGGUAUUUAGUUGCCAGUAUGUUACACCGUCGAUGUAGACAUGGUGCAGCAGUGUUUCGUGACCGUAUUAUUGUCGCUGGUGGUUAUGAUGGUUCUUCAUUUCUUCAAAGUGUUGAAAUGUUCGAUCCUACAACCGGUCCUGAUCCCAAUGGUUUUCAUGGCCAAUGGACUGAAAUAUCAUGUCUGUCAGUUCCUCGUUCACGUGUUGGACUAGCUGUAACUGCUGGUUGCCUGUAUGCUAUAGGUGGAUACGAUGGGACAAAACAACUACGCACAGUUGAAUGUUUUAGACCGUCUACGCAUCAACAUGACUAUGAAUUACCAAGUGAAUAUUUCCAUUCAAAGCAUAAUACAUUAUCUGACAUGUUGUAUAAACCUGGGACUUCUACAACGACUGGUUUCGAUAGCUACAGUGGAUGUACCACCCGCACUCGUAGCGGUACCAGUCGUAUUACUCCGGAAAUGGCUAAAUUUCUUUCUAGCGCUGCUGAUAAUUUAUUAUGUUCUAAUAAUUCUGAUAUCGAGUCAGUUUCUUCAUUUAAUUCAACUGAUAGUAGCUCGACACUUGGGCAUGGAAGAUAUCAGAUGAAUAUCAUGUCGGAGAAAUCAAAAUAUAGGCCAAAUAAUCCUAAACUGCCUAUCCCAUCCACUUCUGCUGCUGCUACUGCUACUGCCGGCAUCUGUGGUUCUGGUGGCGGUGGUGGUACUACUUCCUCCUCCUCAUCCUCCUCGAAUCCUUUCGCUGAUUGGCAAUGGUCUUUUGCACCACCGUUAAUUGCACAUGAAGGCUGGGUUGGUAUAUGUGUCCUGCCGGUGGAGCAAUCAUCCCCGAUAAACAACUGAAGUCAAUUGUGAAUUGAAUCGAAUCGAAAUGAACUUGUAAAUAGUCAUAGUCUCUCUUCUCUUCAGUAAUCACCUUACCAAAGGAUAGAUAGAUUUAUAUAUAUAUAUGCAUAAAUGUUAAAUCAGUUGACUGUAUAAAGCCGGUUUUUCAGUGAGAGAUAAACAUUUGUCUUCACGUGUGUGUAUGACUCUUCAGUUGCAUUGCUUAUAUUGACUAAGCACCAUCUUUUUCUCAAUUCUGUGCAAUACUAUAUAUAUACCUCAUGUACUACACAAUGUGUUAACUGUGCACAGCUUUUCUGAUGAAUUCAUCAAUUCUUUCGGUAUGAUAAAUGCCUUUUCUUCUUCUGCCUCUUGUUACCUGUGUUGUCUGUGUACCUCGUAUAGGUGCGAUAGUUGGUCGAUUGAUUAUUUCAUUUGUUUGUUACUUUAAUUUGUAGUCUUAUUCUCAGUUUUAUUUGUCUUUUUGUCCAAAGAAUGUAGUACUUCUUGUCUUUCUGUGUGUGUGUUUGUAGUCGUGAAGCAAUUACUGAUGUCAGUAGAGUACUUCUGGAAUCCUUCUAGAAGGGAAUGCGCUACCGUAACAGGCAGGGUUGAACUCUCUCUCUCUGUCAUUUACUGUGUACACUACUACUACUGCUACUCCUCCUAUAUGCAGUUGAGUUUUGUUAUGUCUUUCGUGCAUGCAUACAUAUGCUGUGUGGUAUUUUUUAGUUACCAGUAUAUUUAUUAUUCUCUACACUCAGACGCACAUACCCUUAUUACUUGUUCAUUUUGUUUUCACAAUGAAUGUCUGUCUUUCUGUUGCUCCUUUAUUUUUUUGUGUGUGUUUCCUAUAUCUAUAAUUCUUGUUAAGUAAGAGAGAGAGUCUUGUAAUACUUACUUUAUCAAUCAGUUAUGUUUUUUUUCGGCAUUCAAAGGGAAGCUUCUGAUGAAAAGGAGUGUAACACAAUUCUAUCCACUUUUAUUUAUUUGUGUCUCUAUCUUUCACUUUCCGUUGAGUAUCUGUGUUUGUGUGUGUGUGUUAGUGUGUAAGAGUUCUUCAAUGUGUUUUUUUUAAGUUAUUUCCUUCAAAUGCAUUUGUUGUUGUGUGUGUAGAGAGAUCUGUCCUUAUGCUAUAUAUAUAUAUAUAUAUUUUGAUAUUAUCAUCACUCAAUGUGAAUGAAUUAUAAAUAGGGAGGGAGGAUUGUUUUGAAAUUCUUUUUUUUUCAUUUCUGUGGCACACUGUUUUAAGUAGUAUAGUCGAGUUUAUUUUCAAUUUCGUUUCCUAUUUUUUUGUUGCCUGUACAAAAUAUAAACACUACUUUGGUUCUUGUUUUUUGGUUUUGU